UGCUCUCCUCCCGGCGCGACAGGACCGACGCCCCCCCUCUCUCUGAAGACUCGGAGGAUGGCCCCCCUCAGCCUCGGCCUCUUGGUCUGCCUGGCGCUCGCACCCUUCGCAGCCAAUGCUCAAGCUGACCCCUGCCCCGCCGGCUGGCUCUCCUACAAUGGCCACUGCUACGGAUACUUUGAGCAGGAGGUGAACUGGCAACAGGCGGAAGCCUUCUGCCAAAGCCACAACGGCCACCUGGCCUCCAUCCAGACCCGCGAAGAGCAUCAAGCCGUGGCGGACUUCCUGACUAAGGCUCAGUGGUGGGAGCGCGAGGAUGUCUGGCUGGGGCUCUUCCUCCCAUCCCAGAGCCGGACCUGGGCUUGGGUGGACGGCAGCCCCCUGGGCUACACCGCCUGGGAAAAGCAUUACCGCCGCUCCUGGAAGGCCUGCGCUGCCCUGGACGACUCUUACGGUAAGGCCCAGGGCCAGAGG